UGUUGUCUGCGACUUGUCUGUCAGUGGUCAGUUGAGUUGGGGCUCCUCUUCGUAUAUGCUACAUGGUUACGCUUAUUGUCUGUAUUAUCUAGUUUUCCGUGGUGGGGUUCUUGUGUGCGUACGUAUACUCAUUCCAGAAGCUUCAGGACCGGACAAAAGUUCAAGCAGCCUGGUCAAAAUGUUGGCUAGAAAUAGAGGCCUUACGGUGGGCUUUGUCGGUGGGAUUGUCUUCACUCUGCUAUGUCUGGAGCUGGUAUUUUAUGGGGAUAAAACUGCGGUUAGAAGUACGACCUCCGAACGUCAGGCUCAAGAUUUCUCCACAACGUUAACGACGGAGCAGCCUGCCAAGUCGGAGACAAAACAAAACAUGGUGACGUCAGUCUGGAGUCAGAAGCGUCAUGACUUUGAUAUUAGUAAAAUCACGUCUGCCGAACAAAUGUCAAUACAUGUUGUCGACUCCAAGCCAGUCUACCAAGUCGGUGACACUCUGGUGGUAAAGAUCAUCGCCAGGGACGCUAACGGACAAAAGAAAACUUACGGGGGAGAUUUUCUACUAGCAAAACUGUGUACAAAGUCUCCCGUCAAGGCCUGUUCGGCUGGAAGGAUAACAGACCGCGGAAAUGGAGUAUACAUAGCAAGAUUCUUCCUGAGCUGGCCGGGGAGCUUGGCUAUCUCAGUCAGGUUGGGACAUUCUAGCGAAACUGUUGAGGUUCUGAGGAGAAUUCGCGACUCCUUCCUUGACAGACGUGUUACCAAAUGUAGCUUCGUUGACGAAUACGCGAACCUAACAGAGUGGACUCACUGCAGUUUUAGUCGAAACGACAGCGUCAAUCCAAGAGAUAUCUGUGACUACUCUAGGUCGAUACCGAACGCUACGUGGUACUGUCAAAGGCCCACGAGGGUUAACGGAGGCUGCCAAGCUAUAACAGAGUGUAAUCGAGAUAACCCUGCUACGACCAAGCUCCACGAAACGAUGAUCACAACCAGCGAGGCCGCGCUGUUCAACAGGAGUCUUGCGAAUCGGGAAGUCCCAAAUGACAUCAGAAUCACCGUGAAGGGGAAACGUAUUCAAGAUGGCAUCGGAAUGAAACCUCUACCGCCAUGUGGACCGCAUCUACCAGCAAGAAGUUCUGAGGGGUACUGGUACAACAAAACGUGGUACUCUCUCAAAUGUCAUCCACAUAGACUUCACUUAUCCCACCUAGACUACCGUUGCCUUAGAAACAAAAGCAUCGUCGUACUAGGAGACUCUACGGGACGACAAUAUUUGGAAUAUCUUCAACAUCUAGUGAAGAAUAUCAAAGCCGAUCUACCUGAAGAAAUAAGAAAGUGGGAGAGAAACCAUAAAAGUAUGAAGGUGGAUUUUGUAUUUCACACCUUUCCUAGGAACCACGGAGAACCUGCUCUUGAAGUGAAGAAGCUAAGGUUUGUCGCCGAUGAGAUUGAUCGAAUCGUCGGUGGGCCGAAUGUGCUGCUUGUUCUCUGCUUCUGGGCCCAUUAUAAUGCGGAACCGUUAGAAACGUUUCGUUCGCGAGUCUGGGGAAUUCGGCAUGCUCUAGAACGCUUACUCAGUCGCUACCCUGACACGAAGGUAGUGUGGAGGACCGGAACCAUGCAAGAUCACAUCAAAUUAGAACAUUUUCUGGAAAACAAUAGUUGGUAUACUUCUCAGCUGUUACAAGAAGCCAAGCAGAUUCUUGGCGACUUAAAUAUCUUCAUCAUGGAUGUAUGGGAGAUGUCGGUGUGUGAUGAACCGUUUUACAUGUUACACCCGGGUCCUGAUAUCAUCAAGAGCCACAUAGAGAUGAUGUUGUCCUAUUUGUGUUCACGGUAAAACAAAAUGGAGAUCUAGUCAGAAUUGGGCAUGCCCCUGGGGUGUCGCCAAAAAGGAUUCUCUGACAUUCGAAUAGAUAUGAGUAGUCAGAGUUAGAUCAGCCAAAGUCCCAGACCGAAUAUUUCAGAACACCGGGAUAUCAGUUAUCCAGGUCACUGAAUUUUGAACUCUGUUUAAAACUUCUUGUCCCUCUCUGCUAGGGAUAACGUAGCGUAAUGAUCACUUCUACUGUACCAGUUGUACAUGUAUUACCCAAAGUACCAAAAUGAGCCAGGAUCACAACAUUUAGUGUACGGAGGAUGCUCGUCAAAUUACUGCAUAGAUUUAAAAAAAAAACUCUACCAUUCAGAGGCGAUGACAACUGACUAAACCGGUUUUACUUCUUUUUUUUCUUUCUUUAGGUAUGAUGAACGAAAUAGCUUCUGUAAGCGUGUGUAAUAAUCAGUGUUCACCAGAAACAUAGAAAUGGUUCUAGAUUGAUCCAACAAAAAAUAACCUACUACUGUGAAAAAUUUGUCAUCUGAGAAACUGUGGGAUAACAUUAAUGUAAACCUUACUCAGGGGUUAGUGUAACAAAUCAUUUAUAUGCGGUGUGUUUAGUAGUUUGAGGUUCUGUACCACAUAAUAGUAUAAAUCCCUUGUCAAACAACACGAAAAUGUGCGGGCUCUAAAUGACAUGUUCGGCAGUAUUAAAUACGCCCGAUGUUCUCUUAAAAGCCGCCCGAUUUUAGGUAUCGGCCGACCUUGGCUGGUCACCAAGCCUUGUGAAAAUGAAAAUCCGACCACAAUAAUUUUUUUAUCAACAAAUACCAAGGAGAUUUGUCGACCUUGUGACCUGGGCUUGUUGAGAAAACAAUUGUGAAGUAUUUUUUUUUCUUUGUAUCGUAGCAUUAUUAGACCCUUUGUCAUUUUAUGUCUUAUAUUAGUGUUGGAUCUUAUCAAAGUGAACACUUUUUGGUUCUUAAAAGGUUCAUUUGCUUCUGAUGUUAGUUGUGUUAAGUACCACGAAUGCCUUGUUUUUAUUAUAGGGAAAUAAAAUAAAAUUGCUGAAGACAAAAUA